AUGAGCAGACCACACGCCAGCUCAGUCGACGCAGACAACGCCUGGGGCCCACCUCCCGCUCUCGUCCAACCAGCAGAGAGCUUCAGUGCCGCAGACGUCGCAGAGAAGGAGGCCCUCGUCCAAGAGAUCGUCAACCGCCAGGACGGCCUCAGAGCUCUCCUCCAGCGAGUCGGCGAGGUCCAGGGCGAGGCAGAAAAGCUCAAGGCCGAGAACGCCACCCUCCAGACCUACAUCGACAACCUCACCAGGACCAACGCAGUCGCCGCCGGCGCAAGUCGUUGA